GCCAAACCAAAACGUGUGAACAGCAGCCGUGCGGUGCCCUGCCUCCCAAAACCCCAUUCAUCUCUCUCUCCGUCUCUCUCAGAACCUUCCGACUUCCACUUUUCAAUCCCACAAUCAUCUUUUGUUCUGCUUAAUUUGUUUUUCUGUCUUCCUCCCAUUGCGGCCGCCUUCAACCUCUCCAGCCGCCAUUCAACACCACACUCGCCCUUUCGCGUUUCUGCGUUCAAGGAAUCUGGGCACCUCUUUCCGCGUUCAAAGAAUCAAUGCUGAAGGAGUUGUCGCCGUUUGUUUGUAUACAAAUCUUUUGAUUAUUUUGACACACGGAGUGGUGUAGGGCUCCUUCCAAAGUACAAACUAUAGCAUUUCAACGCUUGUAGCACAUCGCUUCAAGAGAAAUCAAGUGCUGUGGUUAUGGAGGAAGGGUACCGUGGGACUAAUGACACUGAACUCAGACGAAGCGUAUCCAAUGAUCGAACAAGCAGAGCCACUUCUUCAUUAAGGAGGCGGUCCUUAAGUUUAUCACAUGUUCAGCCUUCUCAAAUAGAUGAUGACAAUGAAAGUGAAAGUGUGUCAGAGGCAGGAGAUAUUGGCGAUCGGGCUCUUCACAGCAACAGGCACAGUGAGAGUGGCAGCGUCUGCUUGUUUCCUUCAGAGGAUGUUCAACUGCAAUCCUAUGGAUUCUGGGGUCGUGACCUUGUUGCAUCCAAAGGAAUUUCCCCUGUCACUCCCUUGCCAGAGGAAAUCAUAUCUCCUCUUUCCACUGAUGCGAUGAUAUCCGAGGACCCAACACCCGAAAAUGCAAUAAGGUUGCCAAAAUUCUUUGAAUAUGGUUCAUGCAUGACUCAUUUAGCAGUUUUUGGCAUUCUUGGGGUCUUAACGAGAUAUCUUCUGCAAAAAUUGUUUGGCCCUGGACUUGUAGGUGUAACAGGCGACGAAACCAUUCUCUACCUUGAUCUUCCUUCUAAUAUGGUUGGCUCUUUCUUGAUGGGGUGGUUUGGUGUUGUUUUCAAAGGAGAUAUAUCCUAUGUGUCAGAUUAUUUGCUCAUCGGAUUAUCAACUGGUUACUUGGGAAGCCUUACAACUUUCAGUGGUUGGAACCAGAAAAUGGUUGAACUCAGUGUUGAAGGACAUUGGGUUUUUGCUCUGCUCGGCUUUUUGAUAGGUUUGUUUCUUGUGGCCUACUCCAUCAUUUUUGGGGUAGAGACAGCAAAGGGUUUUAGGCAGAUUCUUGAGAGGAACUCAAUCUGUGGUAUUACCAGCUCUAGAAGGAGGUGGAGGGUUGACAGCUACAAGCGUCACUUGGUAGCUUUAGCAGUGUUGUUGCUGAUGCUAAGUUCUCUGUGGAGUAUAGGUGGAAUACAGUUAAGAGAGGAGUUUAACAGUAGCAGCAGCGAGGCGCAACUAUGGUUGGGUUGCAUAGUUGGACCUUUUGGUGUGUGGAUCCGGUGGUUCUUAGCCCGGCUUAAUGGACGUGGAUUAGGAAAGACGGGUUUGUUGAAAUGGGUUCCAUUUGGUACUUUAAUUGCCAAUGUUUCUGCAGCUUGUGUAAUGGCAGCCCUGUCUACUGUGAAGAAAGCAGUGGAUACUAGGACUUGCGACGUUGUUGUAACAGGCAUACAAUUUGGAUUUUUGGGUUGCCUGAGUACUGUUUCUACCUUCAUUGCUGAGUUCAAUGCGAUGAGAGAAAGCAAAUACCCUUGGAGAGCAUACGCAUAUGCCAUGGCUACGAUAUGCAGCUCGUUUGGUUUGGGAAUCCUGAUAUAUUGUGUACCCGUUUGGACAAGGGCAUACAAGUAGUAGCAUGCUGAGGCCAUUGUUUUGAUGUUUAUUCUGUGGUUAUGCCUCGGGGAUCAUGUUCGCCUAACCCGCGCGGUCCUUCAGUAGGAUCGAAAACAUGACACCGUGGUGCUUCUUGAGUGUGUAGCUGAGUCUUGCGGGAGAGACACGAAAUAUAUCCUCAUCUAUCUAUCUCCGUCCUCUCGUGACGAUACAGAUGCAUGGGGGUACCCGUUUCAUGUAAAAUCACUCUCUCACUCCAUCACAUCAUACAAAAUCAUCCUAGCCGUUCAAUCUUAAGUCAUCUUUUGAGAUGAUUACACUUGUCAUGAGAUAUGACUCAAUGAAAUCUAAUAUAAGAGACCACAUGGACUAUGAUCUAAUGGCUCACAUUAAAUCCUAACAACUUGAAUUAAAAACAGUAUAGUCCAUGUGGUGAUAGGAUAAUUGGAAGAUAGCUACUGUGAUUAAAAAAAAAAAAUUGAGGAUUUAAGCCCCUGUGGUGAA